UCUUUUUCUCUCUCCUCUCUCUAUCUCCGUCCCGCGGCCUCGAGGACGUCCCGCCUACGUCCCACGCUGGUCCAACCGGAACCCAUCGGUCACGGGCCCGGAGACUGAGAGACACCCCGACUGCAGCCAUGCUGAUAGAACUCGUACGCGAAUCCAUGCUGCAGUGCUUCUGCCAUAGUUGCAAGGCCCCCAUUAGCCUUGCAGCUGGUCAGCGCAGGGGCACGGGACCCCUGAAGAAGAAGCCUGCUGGAAAAGGCAAACCCCGAACCAAACAGCCGAAAAAGGUGAAGUUCAUCACCACGGAAAUCCGAUGCCAGGAGAAGACCAAGGGAGGAUUGCGUUACGACGUGAUCCUGGCUGAGCCCACGGCGGAGAGGAGAUCGUCAUAUCCGGCUCAGCGAAGUCCUACCCAGCAAUCGAUACCGGUCGAGAACAAGCUGAAAGCCGCCGAGGAAAGAAGGCAGUCCUUGGAGGCCGAGAAGCUUUCCCAGGUCGCCGCCAAGCUCCAGAAGAUCGAGGAAGCGGCCCGGAAGAAGGACGAGCUCAGCGCGGCCUUCGUCGCGGCGACCCGGAAGUCCCUCGACGCGAAGAUGAACAAUACUGAGGAGAAGAGAGAAGCGCACAUCGCGGAGCUUAAGAACAGGCUGAAGGAGCACUUCGAGAGCAUCGAGAGGAUCCGUCUGAGUCUCGAGCAACAGACCCAGAAGGUGAGGAACGACGUCGAGGCCAAGUUGCUGACGGCUACUGCACAGCGCGACGAGAACAUCAAGAUGAUGGUGGAGCGGCUUAAGGAACACGAGGAACAAGUUGCUCGUGUUCGCAGCACCAUGCUGGAGCGCGUUAACAAGUUGGAGACCCAGAUUCAGGGAAGACUCGACCAAGCUCGGGAACGUCGCGAGACGAUCGAACGCGAGCAAAAAGAGAAGCUUCGCAAUCAUAACACCGUCAAGAUCGCACAGGUCCGCCAGACCGUCGACGUGAGCAUGAAGGAGCUAGAGGCGAAAAAGCACGAAUUUGACACGAAGGUCGCCAUCGCGGAGCUGAACCGACAACGGGAGAUUCAACGUCGCUUACAAGCUAUACGGCAGCAUGAGAAACGCAUCGAGAUGGUGAGGCAGAACAGGAACAAAGUCUCUUCGGACAGCCAGGAGGAUGGCGAAAAGGAUGCCCCCCUCGAGAACGAAACCGCCAGCUCCGGAUAAGAAACUCCAUCGGAUGCCUCUCGAUUCUCGGGACCUCCUUUCCGAGAGAAAAAAAAAAAGAAGAAAAACUCGCCAUCGCAAUUAAUGGGAGACGUCACGGGGCGGAAGAUACGAAGGCGGACAUCUUCACAGCCUCGUGCGACGUGUGCACAGCUUUUGCCAUUUAUCAAACGUCAAUAUCGAAGCGCUCGGUAGAAAAAAUUGAAAUCGAGCCCGCGCCUUUCUCGGGGUCCUCGAUGAUUGCAUCGUGCCAUUACGUACAUUUUAAUUCACCCCUUAGAUUUUUUGCGGAUCUUAGUUUUCCUUAAUUUACGCGAAUCGCGCCGGUUAUCCCCUUUUUCCACCGUACCUUGUAUUCCACCCACCUCGUAUUCUAAUCAGGUAUUAGUACAUAAAUACAUGUAUGGCUCGAAAAGUACCAGCGGGAAUGUCGAGACAAUUUGAUGAUUUCACGGAAACCUCGGGUCAUUUUAACGGCUAAGUCAUGUAGAUUCAUUUAUUUCUGUACUAAUAUCGCAUAUCGUUAUUACUGGAGUUACGCUUCGUCGGCUUGCGACCCUGACUGAAGGCUCUUAGUAAAAAGAAUCUAUUCCUAAGCUUUUCGAUCGAUUCCAAGAUGUCCCGAAGACUGCUAUAUGUUCAAAGUCCGAGAGUUUGCAUUUAUUCGUUUUUAAUAACCAUACAUAAUUGUUUUAAGGUUCUCCUUGGAUAAAGAAUUCGAGUAGAUUCCCGAAUAUCUUGCGAAUCCAUGACUAACGAUCUCGAGACGUUGGUCUCGAUUACUAUUAUCUUUUUUUUUUUGAUUACAUUUAUUAUCUUGUUUAUUUCUUUUUACAGUAAUUCAUCUCGUUAAUUUAAUGCGUUCCCUUGUCGGGCCUUUAUAUUACCUUUUUUUUGUUUUUUCCCCCAUUUACUUUAAUAACAUAACUACAAACAAGUGUUAGUGAAAUGUUGUCGUCGGCUUUAAAAGUAUGAGAAGUUUCUCGCGAUAUAAAAUGGCGAACGUGGUUUUGCGGAGUAUCGUUGCGAUUUCUUUAAAAAAAAUGGCCACUCGCGGUCGUCUCAAUUGAGAGGGUCAUGAAAUUUUUCUACGAACGCAUCUAUCCUCGGUGAAAUUACUCGUUGAUUAGGGUUAAAGAAAAUUAUAUUACUAUCGCUAUAAUUAGAGUUUAAGGAACCAUGUACCGCAAUUGCUUCGUAUAUAUAUGCGCAGAUCAUAAGCGUGUCUGGGCGAUUACAUGCAUAUGAUAUUUGGGCACAUAUAAAGAAGCGUGAUCACACGAUAUUAUAUAUCAGUGCUUUAUACUAGGCUUGAGGAAUCUUACAAGAAAACCAUUUUAUACUCGAUUGUCGUGAUUAUUACUGCGCUAACCGAGCAAGAUUAAAGGAGAUGAGAUAUGUAGUCUAAUCUAAUAUGAUAACACGAUGCUUCUGUGAUCGAUUUCAUUGUCUGGCGAGAUGUUAGUACCUAAGCGAUUACUAUAUUGCUAAUUUGGUCACCGGGUGGUUACUCAAUAAUAAUGGAACUAAUUACUUCUGACAGAAUGUGUCGAACAGGAGAAACGUCACUAAACUCCUUUGCACCGUUCGAGUCUAUUUAUGAGGUGGGCCUUCUACCGAAGUCUGAAAUAGAUUGAUCGUUUUAAAGGAACAAGACUUGGUUACUAGGGAAUGACAAUUCAAUUGUACAGCGGUGACUUUCAAUUUUGAUUGGCUGUCGGGUGAUACGAUUGAGAUUUAAACCUGCGUUGUAAGCCUAUCUCCUAAUUACCGUAUCAAAAUUGAAUAGGAUAUCUCUUUUCUUUUAAUGGUCAUAAUUGAAGAGUCAAAUUGAAAGUUACUCCGCUUGGGGGCAAAAAACAGUGAAAGUUAACAUACUAAACCAGAAGACAGCACAAGAUGCUAUCGGGCGACUCAUCUCUGGUAUGACUGCAUCGGUUACAACUUACCAGACGGUGAACAUGACGUCAUUUCCUUGUGCAUUUUUGGGCCAGCCUCGUAAUAAAUGGAUUUAUGAUAAAACCAGA